GACAAACUGCCGUCCUACAGCAGUAAAUGCUGGUAAACGGCACCAUCUAGUGGUCGUUUGCUACUGGUACAGCACCAGUUAUUCCACUUGGUUUAAAAAUGAAACUAAAAGCAGCAACAGUCCGAGUAUUUGAGUGGUUAUAGCAACGGUAAGCGUCCCUAGCGUGGGUGGGGAAAAAACGCGCCAACUGCGGCGGUUGCUGGGCUCCAUGACUGCAGCCAUGGCGGAGACCCGCAGGAAGGUGGUCGUUUCCGGGGUGCCCAGCGAGCUGGAGCCGAGCAGGAUGGUCGACAAGUUGACUAUUCACUUUCAGACCCGCAGGAGGAGUCACGGAGGAGACGUGGAGCUCGUGGAAUACCCCACGAGCAUGAACGGAGUAGCCUUCGUGACUUUCGACAGAGCUGAAGAUGCAGAGCGGGUGGUGGGAAAGGAUCAGCACGUCAUGAUGGACGAGGAGUUUAAAGCAAACCACCGUCUCACUGUGUUUCCCUUCAGCUCAGAUGUCUUUCUGUACGUCCCCAGAGCUACGGUGGACCUCUCCGUUUUCGGCAGUGACCAGGCCUCUCUGAUCAAGAGUCUGCAAUCAGCUCACAGAUCCAUCCACUUCCACGCUUCACCCACAGGGAGCGGGGCCUCCAUAGAGGGUCCCUUCUCCGCCGUCCGGGCCCUCAGAGAAGACCUGCUCUCCCGGGCCGGCCGCCUCAGACCCCCAUCGCAAACUGCUGAUGUAAAACCCAGAGAAAGCCCGCUAGCAUCUGAGAAUGCGCUAAGAAACAGCAGAGGCACUAAAGCUAAGCAGCAAGCAGCAAAUCCCAGCAGCUUCUCAGAGUCUCUGCUGCGCACAGAUGAAGCAAGAGACGUCCGAAUCCUGACUUCAGGUCCGACAGCUUCCUUCAGGCAGAAAGUUCUUAAUGAGAGUUUAGCCGGAGGGAGCUUCAGACGAGCAGAUGGGGAGGAAAUGGGAGCAGGAAUGCUGUCCUCACCAGGCCUCCGACGGCUCCCUGUGGAAGGAACGUUCUCCAAACGCUUACUGGAAUCAUCCAGGAACAGGAAGUCCCCUCAGAACCACCUGGAAAAAGGCUCGACUAGCUCCGCAAGCAAAGCAGAGACCUCCGAGGACAUUUGGGCCGACUUAUACACAUUUAGAUACAUUGAAAAAUUUCACCUUGAGGAGUUAAAUGAGUUCUUGAAUGGUGUUGAUAUUUCUACUAAAGAUAUAGAAGGAAACGAGCUUGUGAGGAUAACCCUGAGUGAGAAGCAGGCCUCAAAGAAUUUCAGAUACGUCGUGGAAAACCUGGAAGCUUUUAUUGAAUUUUGGCGAUCUAAACUCAGAGUUCACAGCAUAUUUUAUGACAAUUAUAAGUUCUUUGAUAAGAGGAAACUGGUUCAGAUCUGCAAAUCUGAGUCCUCGUCGUUCGCAGGCGUUCUCUGCGUGUUUGAGGAUUCAUGCGUUAAAGUGGUCGGCCCCUCGGAAACCAGCCACCUGUUCUGUAAGACGAUGAAGGACAAGUUCAGUCAUAUGAAUCCCAGAAUAGGUAAAAGCUGGAAGUAAGUAUACAUAGGAAACCACAAGGGGGAGCUGUUGCUCAUAAUGAAAGCUUCUGCAUUGAUUUUAGUAUAAUACUGUUAUAGAACAAAAGUGUCAACAAAAGAUCAAUUUUUUUUCAUGAAUGAUUUUUUUUUUCAUUAUAAAUCCAGAGUUCCAACAAGCAGAUGUCUUUGUUUUUAAUUAAUCGUCUCACCUCUUUAUUACAAGAGACAGGCUUCU